GGCUCUUCGCAAGGCCGGGCCUCUGGGUGAUGCGCGUGGGUGUGACGUCACUUCACGCGCCGCCUCCUGUUGCCGGGCAGCAAUGGAGGUUACUCCAGAGUCCUCUGUGGAGGAUCCAAUGCGGAACUUCGUGCGGAUUUUGGAGAAGACAGAUGGCACGGUGCUGCGGCUGCAGCAGUAUGGCUCCGGUGGCGUGGGUUGCGUGGUUUGGGACGCUGCCAUUGUCCUUUCUAAAUACCUGGAAACGCCCGGGUUUUCCGGGGAUGGGGCCCACGCGCUGAGUCGGCGGUCGGUGCUGGAGCUGGGCUCCGGCACCGGGGCCGUGGGGCUCAUGGCCGCGACCCUCGGGGCAGAUGUUGUAGUUACCGAUCUUGAGGAAUUGCAAGACUUGCUGAAGCUGAAUAUUAAUAUGAACAAGCAUCUUGUCACUGGUUCUGUUCAAGCCAAGGUACUGAAAUGGGGGGAAGAAAUAGAAGACUUUACUUCUCCGCCAGACUACAUACUGAUGGCCGACUGCAUAUACUACGAAGAGUCUUUGGAGCCGCUGUUGAAAACUCUAAAAGAUCUCAGUGGACCUGAGACUUGUAUUAUAUGUUGUUAUGAACAGCGAACAAUGGGAAAAAAUCCAGAAAUCGAGAAAAAAUAUUUCGAGCUCCUUCAACUAGACUUUGACUUUGAAAAAAUUCCUUUGGAAAAACAUGAUGAAGAAUAUCGAAGUGAAGAUAUUCAUAUUUUAUACAUCAGAAGGAAAAAAUCGAAAUUUUCAUCAUGAAAUUUUUAAUCAUUUUACCCAAGCCUCUAACAACCUGGGUAAGCUAAAGAUGUGAAUGGAGCAUGUGAAUAUAGCAUGGGAAGAUUGCGUUCACAGAUUUUUCCAGCAUGUCCUUAAAGAUCUGAUAUUUAGAUGACAACCAUCAUGGGCUGCAGCAAGACAAAAAGUGACCGCCUGCCCACCUGCCCAUCGGCCUGAAAUCCAACUUAGUUUACUUUUAGCUCAGCAUCAAGUUCUGCUUAAGAGAAACAUUGUGUAUUAGUCAUUCCUCAAAUAAAAAUAGGUAUUGAGGUUAGCCUAAAGUUGGCCAAAGAUAAAUGGUGAAGCAGCAUGGUUGACUUGGUUUAUUUUCAGGAAAUUAGAGAGAAAUUUUAUUUAAUUUCUAAAGAAAAAUACCUAUUGCUAUAUAAUAAAGUUUAAAUUCAAACCAGUAAAUUUUAGUUUAUCUUCAAAAUAGGUAAAUCUAAAAGGUUUUCCUUCUAGCAUAAUUAUACAAUGAUUUUUAUCAUAUGUGUCUUCCUCAUUAAUUUUAUGAUAGCUUUAAUACUUAAAUGUUCUUGUUCAUUAAAAAAAACCUGAAAAUGUUUUGUAUACUUACAUUGGCCAAAGUUUUAAUCUUUUCUUCCAGUAUACAUGUCUACUUGAGUUAGAUAGUAAAUUAUACUGUAGUGAGUUUGUAAAUGAAAUCAGGAGAUUAUAAGGGGUGAGAAACUAUCAUUAUAAAAAUUUUUCAUAUGAGAAUAAGUGAGAAUAAAAAGCCUUUUCAGGCUCUUGUACUUAUGUGGCUCAUGAAUGACAAAGAAUUCCAUUACAUUUUUUCCGUAAAAUAAGAUACAUUUUUCAUUUUCAUCAAUAACUUUAUUGGUUUGGAUAUUUUGAGCAUGUUGGCUAUCUCCCACUAUUGGCUUCUAGUGGGUAGAGGCCAGGGGUGCUGCUAAACAUGGUCCAGUGCAUAAGACAGCCCCACAGCAAAGAAUUAUUUGGCCAAAAUGUCAGUAGUACCAAGAAACUUGGCAAACCACUUUUUUUAUACAUUCAGUCAGUCACGGCAUCUCCAUACACUGCACAAAUCUUUUUUUUUUGCAUUUGAGUUGCAUUUUUAUCUUUCUUGGAAUAAGAAAGCAUAAUACACCAAAAAUGUUGCAUAUUUUCUUCCAUCUUCAAUAUUGAAAUGGCUGCAUAAAAAUUCACCAGUUUUAAUUUUUUUUAAAUGCACGCUGACAAUGAUUGCUGUCACAGCACAAUCUUAACAAACUUGUUUCGAAUGAAGGGACAACUAAGCACUACGAGAGCCGUCUACAGAAAAAACAUAAUAGACUUUUUGGCCAACCCAAUAUAUCUUCUUGGAAAAAGUGGCUAAAAAUCACUGGUGUUAACUUGUUUACGUGAAACAAACAUUUGUAAAUAACCACAAAUGUAGUUCUGUAUACAUUUAGCAAAUGAUUUUGAUUCUGUGUAGUCUUUUUUUAUGUCAUCAUGAGAAUCAUUUGUUCACAGGCUGAUCUGUCUAGAACUUGUCUCACCAGUUCCAAAGAGUAAUAGUAAAUGAUAAAAUAAUGGUACUUACAGGCAUUGGUGCUAGCUAGGUUGCACAUUUUAUGUGUUAAAAUAAACUUUCUUUUUGAGA